AAGUGAAAAUGUCUAAAACGAAGACCAUAACAAAACUGGUACCACCCGAUGGAGGCUGGGGAUGGAUCGUACUAUUUGGCAGUGCUGUUACUAAUGUUUUCAACCAGGCAGUGUUCUCACAAUUUAGUUUAUUAUAUGGCGACAAACUAAAAGAAAUGGGUCAUCGAACAACAGGAGCAGCGAUGGUUAUGAGUGUAAUGCUUUGCGUAGUAAAUCUCGGUGGACCGUUUCUGGGGGUUUUGGUGAAACUGAAAUCACCAAGAUUCGUAUGUGUCACCGGAUCACUUAUAUGUGCAACGGGGAUAUUUUUGAGUUCAUUUUCGACAAACAUAGUCCACCUGAGUUUGAGUUAUGGAGUUGUUUUUGGCCUAGGAUUAGGAUUCAUAUAUAAUGCAUCGUUCGUAGCUAUUAACAGCUACUUCAAAUUGAAAAAGAGUAUUGCAGUGGGCAUUGCAAUGACAGGCACCGGGAUUGGACAAGCUUUAAUGCCACACGUAGUGGAAUAUUCUUUAGAUAUAUUCGGCUUCAGAGGUGCAUGUUGGUUUCUUUCAGCACUGUGUUUACAUGGAGUUUGUGGAGGAAUGUUAAUGCAACCAGUUAAAUGGCAUAUGAAAAAAAUUAAAGAAGAAGUUGUAAUUGAAGAAGAAAAAAUCGAAAUGAAUAAAUCUCAAACAGAUAUAAAGGAUGAUAGACCAGCAAUAAUGUUUACUAAAGAUAGAAAUAAUGAAUGUAAAUCGCAAUUACUUGAAAAAAUAUCUGUAAAUGGUUUUUCUGAUGAUUUCAAAGCAGGAUCCUUAAAUGAAACGACGAACCUAAAGAAAACUGCAUUGGAAAGAAUUUACGAAUUAUUUGACAUAUUGCUAUUAUCAAGUCCUCGUUUCAUUAUUGUUAUUAUAGGAAUCGGGUUAACGGCCAUUUCGAUUCAGAAUUUCGGCAUGUUGUUCCCAUUUUUCUUACUGAAUAUAGGUUUGAGCAGAAAUGAAACGGCUACGUGUAUGUCUGCUGUAGCAUUAGCUGACAUUUUUGGAAGGCUUAUUGUACCACAAGUUCAAGUUAGAUUAAAAUUGACAGCUCGAUUGACGCUGUUUUUAACGUCCAUUUGGAUAAUUAUAACCAGGCAGAUGUUAGCAUAUCAAACAGAUUUGACAUCCUUAUUAGUUUUGUCUGCACUAUACGGCAUCGGACGGAGCGUGGUCAUCGUAGCAAGGAAUUUGACUAUAACUGAGCAUUGCAGAGCCGACCAAGUACCCUCUGCCGUCGGACUUGGUAUGCUAUGCUUGGGCAUUACAUCUCCACCUAUAGGGUAUUUCCUAGGUUGGAUCAGAGAUUACACAGAAGACUAUAUAGCAUGUAUAUCUGCUCAAAAUGCCUUACUAAUUUUAUUUUUGAUUUUAUGGCUACCGGAUAUGUUACUGCUAUAUUAUAGAAAGAAAAAGGGGAACGCAGAAGAUGUGUAAAUAAUCAUGUCAAGAAAUCACAUUAGUUAUUAGUUACUUUUGUCGAACGUGGGAGAAAUAAGCUGUUAGUUAAUACCAGGUCAGUUAUAAUAUAGUUUAAAGCCAUGGACUUUUGCGACACCAGGGCCUUCGAGUGCAUGGGUGGGUUUCAAAAAUGAAGUACGUUUUGUUUUUGUAUAAAAGUUCCAAAGAUUUAUUAGUGAAAUACCCUAACAGCCGCGCCACUAAUUGUUUUUAAGCGGGUAAAAGUACUUAAAAACGCUUUGAAUCGAAGUCAAAUAUGAACCGAUGAUAAAAAUAUAAUCGAAUAUCGUUAUAUUUAUUCUAUGUUAUGAUAGUGAGAAUCUAUACGUAAUUGUUCUUUUUUGAGCUUUUUAUGUGACUGUAUAUAUUACGUACUUAUACGCACUACUAUAAGUAGCAAGAAGUUUGUAAAAUUUAAAAUAAAAAGAUUAAU